CCUCACUGAGAACGGGCUGCCAGUGCAACUUCUUCAUGAUUGAGAGCCUGCGUGCGCUCUAUUUGGGUGACAACGACCUCGAGUACCUGCCCCCCGACGUGAAGAUGCUGAAGAACCUGCAGAUCUUGGUGCUGCGGGAGAACGACCUGUUGGAUAUUCCCAAGGAGGUGGGCUCGCUGGCGCGCCUGCGCGAGCUGCACAUCCAGGGCAACCGGCUGACGGUGCUGCCGCCGGAGAUCGGCUUGGUGGACCUGUCGGGCAGCAAAUGUGUGCUGCGCAUGGACGACAAUCCGUGGGUGGUGCCGAUCGCCGACCAGCUGGAGCUCGGCGUCAACCACGUGAUCGACUACAUCCGCAGUGACACCUACCGGAUUCUGUACUCGCGCCACAUCUCCGCGGGCGCGCAGCCGGCGCCUCCCAAGGCGGACAAGAGCCGCAAGGUGUCCCGGCUGACGUUCGAGAAGUGAGCGGACGGAGUGAGACGUCACCUGUCGGCGGGCGGAGUGUGACGUCACCUGUCGGCGGACGGAGUGUGACGUCAGCCGGCCGGCGCAGACCAGCCGACCCGCUCGGACCCCGCCCACCGCUCCAGCCAACAGUAUUCAGCCGACCACUGCCGGGUCGCGGCUGACACGGCGACCCUGGAGCACCGUGUCAGCCGCGGCGCCCGUCGCCACCUGUGGCUCUGCUGCGCUUGCCGAGGGCCGCCGCUGUCCGGCGCCGCCGUCACAACACUAAAAGGAGUUGGCGUGGCCGUGUGUUAGUCCGUAAUGCAGCGCGUUUGGUGACGGUAGACCAGUGAGGAGGUAGAAGUCGCCGUGCGUUUUCUGACGGACUCGCGCUCGGGGACACGCCGUCGGCGUCCGGCUGGUUUCUUGUCAACCUGACCUUUCGCGGUGGCUUCUUGGGGAAGCGUGCGUCACAUGUAAUAUUUAUUAACGACUCAUCGUAACAUUAAUGACCAGCGAUGUUCAACUGUGUUCAGUUAACGGAUGGGAUGCGUGACGUAGCGUAAGGAAUCACGCGCUCACCUGUGAGAACCCCGCGUGAACUUCAGCACCUGCUCCGAGCUAUGUGGCGCUUGACUGGUGGUGAGCCUCCGCUUGUUUGGACCUUGCCCCCGUGGCUUGCCGGGCCGGAGGGUUCUGCGGAGUUGUAAAUCCGAUGAGAGCUGUACACGUCGGCGUCAAGUGCUCGGCGCUGCUGUUGGCGGUGUAACUGUCGCCCGAGCAGCCAUCUGUCCGCCAGAGUAAAGUCUGCGCGAGAUAUCUAGUCCAAAGGUGCUCCUAGCCGGGUGCGCCGGGCCUCCUUUGGGUCGAGUGUUUCCGCCGUGCGUGUCGUGUUCGAGACUAUCGCCGCCAGCCGGGCGGGCUUGCUUGCUGCCUGCGCCUGCACUGCUUCCACGUGUACAUAUGCAAUCGCCCGCCCCAUGCAACCGUAGUCGGAGCCUUGCCGCCUCUGAUAGGCAAUGCACUGAAGUAUGCACGAUGACUGGGCGGCUGUGAAGGGCCGCCGUUUGUGACGUGUUGGCGCGGGGCGCCGGCCGACGGCGGUCUCCUCCGCCGCCGCCGCCGCCGCCGCCGCCGCCGUGGCCGCCCGAAUCCAGCGGGGAAGGCGCUCUCGAGCCGGGCCGAGGUCGCACUUUCUGCGGCGGCGGCGACGCCUGCGCCGCCGCCGGACCGGCUGCGCCCGCGCGUGCGUGUGAGCGUAGUGCGAGCCGGCGCGUUAUACGAGACCCGCGGCCAACCCUGAGAGGGGGGCCAGGGCCAUCACUUCUAAUAUGCAAACGAAUGGCUGAAGUUGUGCCAAUGAACCAUGCAAUGGUCUUGUGCGCUGUGUGUUGUGCGGCCGGGUAUUGGCCGUUGUUACUGUCCGUUGACCGCCGGAAUUUUAUUCUGAUAACUGGUUGAGGUUUCGCCCGGAAAUGCACGAGACAAUUUGGUGCCGAACAUCGCUGUCGGUAUGUUUAGCCCUAUUUUUGCAUGUGACAUCUUUGGAAAUAUAAUUUUGUAAUGAAAUAUGUCACACCCAGCUCGGUAGCAUUCGACUCUAUGCAUACUCUGCCGUAUCCGGAGACACUCGGAAGCAGUAUGCACUGGCCGCGUUCAGAGUUUAAGGCACCCCUGUUUGCAGCGUUGCGUGUUUUGCGUGCUGUUUUGUGCUCGGUGUGCUAAGAUUGUGCGCGUGCUGUGUCAAUCCCACCUGCAGCUGGUAGAGCGGGGAUUCGGAUCAAACCGUUGAAUGUUAACAGUGUUUCAUAACCAAAAUGCUGUAGUACCGCGCCUUACGAAACUAAUUUGGAUGCAAACAUGUAACGAGCUAGUGUGAAUAAAAAUUAACACAAAA